GGCAGGCGUGUUGCUGAACAAACAAAAACAAUGACCACAGAAGACAUACACAAAUUCAAGGUACACAAUGAGGAGAUUGAAAUAGUCAAAGAGUUUCUGCACCUUGGAUCAAACAUCAAGUCAGGAAGGAGACUGCAGUCAAGAAAUCUGAAGACUUAAGAAUGAUCUUUACUCCCCCGGCCAUGGCUGGCUGCUGCUCUCUGAAGAAUGUCUGUGAAUACGAAACUAACAAAGUCGUCCGCAUACAGAGCGUUUACUAUGGAAGCCUCAAAUGGGCCAUUCAUACUGCUGUCUUCGUAUAUGUCUGUGUCGUGCUUAUUGCUGACAGACGCUAUCAGAAGAAGGACUCUGUCAUCAGCUCAGUGCACACAAAAGUGAAAGGGGUAUCUCAGACUGAUAUGAGGAUUUGGGACACAGCGGAAUAUACAAUUCCCAUGCAGGGAAUAGAUUCCUUUUUUGUGGUAACCAAUAUAAUCAGGACGGAAAACCAGAUCCAGGGAGUUUGCCCCGAGUUCCCCAUUGCCAAAGCAGUUUGUUCUACUGACAGAAGCUGUAUGGAAGGUCGUAUGGAUCCCCAGAGUAAUGGGAUUCAGACUGGCAAAUGUGUGAAGUACAACACAACUUUGAAAACGUGUGAAGUGAAGGCUUGGUGUCCUGUGGAAUCAAUUAAAAGUGCCCCAGUGCCUGCCAUUCUGAGGAGUGCCGAAAACUUCACUGUACUCAUAAAAAACAACAUCCACUUUCCAAAGUUUAAUUAUACAACAAGAAAUAUUUCACCAGAAUUUAAUAUUUCCUGCACAUACAACAAGAGAACGGCUCUAUACUGUCCAAUUUUCCGGCUGGGAGAUAUCCUCCAGUUAGCAGGAGAGAACUUCUCAGAGGUGGCUGUUCAGGGUGGCAUCAUAGGCAUUGAAAUUAAUUGGGAUUGUAUCCUGGACAAAUGGCUUCACCGUUGCAGACCCACGUAUGGCUUCCGGCGUCUGGAUGACAAAAAGACAAAUGAAGCAUUAUACCCUGGCUACAAUUUUAGAUAUGCCAGGUAUUACAAGCAGGCCAAUGGAAAGGAGGAGAGGACCUUGAUCAAAGCCUAUGGCAUACGCUUUGACAUCCUUGUGUUUGGCAUGGCAGGACAAUUUGAUUUCUUUGAGCUGCUGGUGUACAUAGGUUCAGCACUAUCUUACUUUGGCCUGGCUCAGCUAGCUGUUGAUUUUCUUAUUACAUCAUAUACAUUUCGCUGCUUCAAGUCGGACCCAGUAAAGGCAUAUUACUACAAGAAAAAGUGUGAAUCGGUGCCAGGACCAAGAUGGACUUUGUUGUAUGUGACAUAUGUUGACGAGCCUCACAUCUUUAUGAUUGACAAAUUGUUGAAGACAAGUCUACAGAAUAUUAAAGGCGAGAUUAUUCAUAGAAGAACCAGCGAUUAUACACAUGUUGCCAAAUUCCUAUUGAAGGAUUUGGAUAAAAUUGUGUCUCCUGGAAAUUCCCAGGAACUGCAGCCCCUGCAAAACAAAGGGGUCACAUCUUCAUCCCAUGAGCGUCCUUCUUGGUGCAGCUGUGGAAAAUGCCGCCCGGCUCAACACUAUUGGGAGCAGCUCUGCUGUCGAAAGAAAGAUGGGGCUUGUAUCACAGCUUCAGCUUUGUUCGAACAACUUGUCACUUCCAGACCAAUGCUUGAGUUUGUCCUCCUCUACAAAGAUCCCUUGUUGGAUCUGAAGGCUGAGACUCUCAACAAGCAGCUUCGGCAUUGUGCCUACGAGCAGUAUAUUCUGUGGCGCUUUGGGGAGGAUGAUCUGAAAGAAAGGGCUAUGAUACCAAGCUGCUGCAGAUGGAAAAUCAGAGAUGCUUUUCCUAGUGAGAGGGGCGAGUACACUGGCUUUAAGAGAAAAAAGUAACUGUUUGCAAAGACUCUGCAUAAAUGGGAAUGAAACAGAAUCUAUGGGGAGGCAUUUGACCUGUCAUGAGAUCUUUAAGGACAAAAGAAAAGCCCUGCUGCUUCAGUCUGAAGGUCUAUCUUGUCCAGCAUUCCUUUCACACAAUGGCCCACUAGUUGCCUGUGAACAGGCUGCCAUCAGGACAUGAGUACAACUGCACCACUGAGCUCACAUUCCCCCAAAACAGAUAUACGUACUGUCUCUGAUACCACAAGUGAUCUUGACUAGUAGCUAUUGCUGGCCUUAACCUCCACAAAUUUAGCAAAUUCCUGUUGAAAGCCUUUCAAGUUAGUAACCAUUGCUACAUCUUGUGACAGUGAAUUCCACAGUAUAACCAUGUGCUGUACGAAGAAGCUCCAACUAAUCACUUGUCAUACAUCAGUUGCCUGAUAAUGUCUGGCAUCCUGUUGGUGACACAUGCAUGCAUGAGCCACACUAUAUGUUAGGGUGAAUUGCACGACAGACACAUUUUGUUGACAGUGGAGGAAAUGGAACUGAACAUAGAACAAUGUUGUGUGUUGUAGCUGUGCAUUACACAUUGGAAUUGUGCAUUCCACCUGCACAUCAUGCAGUGGCACUGAGUCAUUGGCAUGUGUGAUGCAAUGAUGCUAUUAUGCAUGGGGAUUGCAUAGAGCUGACUUAGCUUAUCUCUACAUGUGGAUAUUUAUAUUAUGCUAGGGGAUGUUGGAUUGCAGCCAUUUUGUAAGGAUCAAAAGAUUUUGGCAUAUUGGACCCUAGUACGUCUUUUCAGAAAGACAUUGGCCACUUCUGCCAAAGGUUGGUGAUGCAAUACAAAUAAGUCUUCCUUGUGGCUUGUAAUGUUGACAUAUCCAGGGACUGCUCCUUUCUGGACAGUUAACAAAGUUAAUGUGUUCCUGAGCAUUACUUCUUUAACAGAAUAUUUAAUACCAGAGGCAGAAAUAACAUGGAAAGAAUAGGAUUAGCUUCCUAUACCACAAAAAAGAAGAGCAUUUUAACACAUUUCAGCAAACCUGGAGAAAGGACAGAAUCUAAAUGUUAAAAAACACAAACAUGUUCUGCAUUUCUAUCUGGUUGACCCUUGCAUUGUGUUCAGCUGGAACCAACAUGGCUGCCUGCCCUUGUAGGUCCCCUUUUUCCAGCGCUCCCUGUAAAUCAAAACAUGAUGCUGGUGCUACUGAUAGGCUGGUUGAUAUUCAGGACAAUAAUAAAGCAAUGUCUAAGACCAACCAAGUCACACAUAGCAUUGCUGACAGAUAUACCAACCUCCAGAAUCCAGCUUCUCAGCUGUUCCAGCAGAGGGCAUAAACACACAGUGGACCCCACACUUCUGGAAGUAAGGCUCUGCCUCAAAGCAUGUGUGGCUUCUGCCAUCCAUAAUGCUUCCUCUAUAUUCUGUUUUUAUACCAUUGAACCCUGGAAUCAGGCUUGGUUCUUUCAUGCUUGCUUGCCUGCUACCGUUCUUUCCUGUUCAGAAAGAAAGAAAUUCUUUUUAUAAGACAAAGGAUGGGUGCUUUUCUGAUCCAGGUCAUGUCAGCUGGCUGAUUUCACUAGGGAGACAUUGUUGUCUUUGUGUAUCUUGUCUUACUGAAGCUGUUUGGAUUAGUUAUCUUUUAGUAACAUGACUGUGAUAAGCUGAUUCCUUAAGAAGCGGUAAAAGAUAAAACCUAGGUAGCAGACACUAAUGUCUCAGCUAUGUCAACCCACUGGGUGACUUGGGUGACUCCCACUCUCAAAGGAAGGGAAUGGCAGUAGACCCCUUCUGAAUAAAACUUGCCAAGAAAACCCUAUGAUAGGGUCAUCAUAAGUCCGAGUUGACCGGAAGGCUCAUAACAAUAAGAUAAAGCAGACCAUGAGCUUUUUGUUGCUUCAUUUCUGGCAUUGGUAUAGUAUAGUGUAGUAGUGCUAUAGUGUAGCAAGAGCCUCCCUUUUAAAAGUUUGUACCACAUUAAACUAAUACAUUGUCGACUGCAGCAUUAUCUUGUAGGAUUUCCACUGACUUUUAGAGGAGAGCUCUAAAGCACCAUUUUCUCUUUGAGGCAGCUUUAAACGGCUUUCUGUCCCCAUUUCCCAAACUAGGUUCUCUCAAAGGUGACUUUCACGAGGGAGAAGGAAAGCAGCCAUAUGCCCUGUCCUCUCAUAUGGUCAGGUUUUCAUUACUGUCAGCUGAGGUGAGGAUGUGUGUGUGGCCCUUUAGUUAUUGGACUACAGAUUCCACCAUUCCUUGCCAGAAUGGGGAGGAGAUGCUGGGAGUUACAGUCCAACAACAGCCGUAGGGCCACAUGAUGCUUACCCUUGCCAUAGGAGAUGCUGCACUAUCUUUGUUGUUGGAUUUGGUGUUGGAGCCGGUAGGGAUGGAGGUGGGAUAGCAGCAUGAGAGCAACACUCAGAGUAAUGGAUUUGGCUAUGUACAGGAUGGUAUUACCAGUCAGCUGCUCAGAGAUGGAUUAGACACUUUUGUUUCCCACUGCAGAACUCCCUGUCCUCUUUGGAAUAUUUGCAGUGGCACAGAGAGAACUACCUGGUCCAUACAUGAGACAGAGCACAUAAACAACUUGCAACAUACUCAUAACUAUCACAUGGAGGAGUUUGCUAUGCGGGAACAAAGCUCAGUGGGGAGUGCAUGUUUUCCACACCAAACCAUAGAAUUGGAAGAGACCCCAAGGGCCAUCCAUUCCAACCCCAUUCUGCCAUGCAGGAACACACAACCAAGCAUCCCCAACUGACAGAUGGCCAUCCAGCCUCUGUUUAAAGACCUCCAAGGAGGGAGGCUGCACCACUCUCUGAGGGAGUGUCUUCCACUGUCGAACAACUGGAGCACCUUGUUAGAAGGUUCAGGAAAGCAAUGAGGAUAAAAAUCUCUGCCAGAGAUCUACCACUUCUAGUGUAAAUGAUGCCAGAUGUACACAUUCGUCUGUGCAAGGCACAUUUCUCCAUGCAGACCUCUGCAUGGUGGUGGAUGUAAAGCAUAUGCCCCCUCUUUUGCUGCCCUGCUAACAGACCCCUGGUAACACAUGUACAAAAAAUAUACUAGUCCUCAAGAUAUAGGUAUUUGCUAACCAAGCUACCUGUAUAGAAUUAUUAACUUGAUGGUGUCAUUGCACUGAAUGAUUCUUUUGUCAGAAACAGCUAGACAAAUGGCUCAUUGCAAGCCGACCUUAACAUUGCUGCACUGAAGUCUAGCAUUUGUUUCUUUCUGAAACCACUGGGAUCCAUUUUGGCGUUGUGUUUUAAUGCACCAUUUUUAUAUACAUAUGGCAUUGCUGACAGAUAUACCAGCCUCCAGAAUCUUUUUUGUACUGGUUGCCUGUUUCAUUGUUCUGACUUCAUAUUGUAAUAAAGGUUUCGUAUG